AUGGCAGAAGCGGGGACCUGCGCCGAGACCAGGGCUGGAGUGAUGAGACCCGAGGUCGCCACGGUGGACAACCAGUUCUAUGUAAGAUUAUAUACCUGGAUUGAUGACCAACAAUGGGUCAUUCUGGGCACAGGGCACAUCUCACUCACUUAUGUGGAGGGGGCCCAGGCCGUGUUUCUGCAAGUUAGAUCCGAGUCCGACGGCUCACUGAUCUUGGGGUCAAAGAUAAAUCCAGACACGCACUAUCAGAAAGAAGAAACGUUAAUUACUUGGUUUGAGGCUGGGAACCAUGGUAUAAGGAUACAUUUCCAGGACACGGCAAGUUGUCAUGAGGUCUGGAAAGCCAUUUGCCAGGUUCAAGGUAAAGUCCCAUGUGUCGAAGCGAUACAUGACAUCGUGGAUGAAUCAGAAGACAAAGAGUGUGAUGACUCGCCAAAAACCAGUGAACUGCUCGACCCGUCAAACUUCCAACUCAGUAAACUUGUACAUGUUGCUAACUUAGUUACCUUGGGUCUCACCUCACCUAUGGAUAAAGAAAGGCUGGCUGUGGUCUUCGAAAAGAAGGACUAUAUUAAAACACUACUGCAGUUGUUCCACAUUUUUGAGAACCUAGAGGAUACUGAAGGCUUAUACCUUUUGCAUGAAAUUAUUAAAGGAAUCUUACUCCUCAACAAGACAUCUUUGUUUGAGAUCCUGUUUUCUGAUGAGUGUAUCAUGGAUGUGGUGGGAUGCCUUGAAUAUGACCCUGCUUUGGCUCAGCCAAAAAGGCAUAGGGAAUUCUUAACCCAAACUGCAAAGUUCAGGGAAGUUAUACCAAUAACGGACUGUGAACUUCGACAAAAAGUACAUCAGACAUACAGGGUACAGUACAUUCACGACAUCCUUUUGCCAACAGCAUCCAAGUUUCAAGACAAUGUUCUUUCUAGGCUUGCAUGUUUUAUUGUUUUUAACAAACUUGACCUAGUCCACAUGUUUCUGGAAAAAUACGAGUAUUUGGCUGAAGUUUUUGCACAGAUAAGGGAUAAGACCACAGAUGAUGAUAAACGGAGUGACCUGGUAUUUUUUUUAAAGGAAUUCUGUGCAUUUUCUCAGCUAUUACGUCCUGAAAGAAAGUGUGAAGUAUUCACAGUACUGACAGAAUUGGGAAUUCUUCCUGCUCUUAAAAUUGUAAUGGGCAUGGAUGAUUUGCGAAUAAGGUCAGUUGCUACUGAUAUACUUGCUGAUCUAGUGAUGUAUACUUCAUCCGUGGUCCAAAGAUUUAUGAUGGAAGAAGCCCAUCAAAGUGAAGAUGGCAAACUUUUCAUUAAUUUAAUAAUUGAACAAAUGAUCUGUGAUACUGACCCUGAGCUAGGAGGUGCUGCUCAUUUAAUGGAACUUCUUUGUGCUCUACUUGAUCCAGACAACAUGCUGGCAAAGCAUAGAAAAUUUAAAAUAAAUGAAUUUCUAAAUUUCUUCUAUAGACAUUGUAUACAUAAUGUCAUAGCACCACUUUUGUCAACUACUUCAGAAGAUAUAUGUGAAGAGGAUAAUAUAGUUGGAUCUGACAAAAACAACAAAAAUUACCUCAAUAAUUACCAAACAGCACAGCUGCUUGCCUUAAUUUUAGAGCUGCUCACAUUUUGUGUGCAACAUCACACAUAUUACAUAAAAACCUAUAUUUUGAGAAAAGACUUGCUAAGAAGAGUCUUGAUCUUGAUGAGUUCAAAGCACACUUUCCUGGUCUUGUGUGCUGUUCGCUUUAUGAGAAGGAUGAUUGGCCUUAAAGAUGAACUUUAUAAUUUUUACAUCAUCGAGGGAAAACUUUUUAAGCCAGUUGUAAAUGCCCUUCUGGCUAAUGGAACUCGGAACAAUAUGUUGAAUUCAGCUAUUAUUGAGCUGUUUGAAUACAUAAAAGAGGAAAAUAUCAAGUCUCUUGUUGCACAUAUAGUUGAAGAGUUUUAUGAAACACUUGAGUCAAUUGAAUAUGUUCAGACAUUCAAAGGAUUGAAGACUAAAUAUGAACAAGAGAAAAAGAAGCAGAAUGAACUGUGGAAGAUGUUGUAUCCUGUACCGUAUAGUAAGGUAUUUCGCAGAGGCGUCAGUGUCUUGAACGAGAAGGAAGAAAUGAGUUUUAAAGAAAAUUUAGAGGAAGGAAAAGCAGGUAUGCCAUCAUCAGAAAGUGAUUUUGAAGAUCAUUAUGAUAAAUCUGUGGAGACUAAAAAAGCAAAAGAAAAUGAAGACAGGGUAGAUCUUCCCCCCAAAACAUCUUUGGGUGGCUUCGAAUUUACUUCAUUCCAUUCUGCUAGUGAUGCUAGUUUAGCAGGUAACCCAAACGAUAGCAGCAUGGUGGACUUAGAGGAUUAUUCAGAUGACAACGAAGAAGAUAAAGGAGGUGAAACCCCGCCCCCCAGGAAAAAACUACAUCUACCUCAUAAAGUCUUAAGGGAAAACCCUCAACAUUGA